GAUUGUCUGAUUGAGAAAGAACGUAAUGGGAAGCGCACCAGCACAGAUUCCGACAAGCUUCGGCCAUGAGCUUAGAGCUUGUCUUCGCUGCCGUCUCGUCAAGACCUAUGACCAGUUUAGGGACGCAGGGUGUGAGAAUUGUCCUUUCUUCAAGAUGGAAGAGGAUCACGAGCGUAUCGUCGAGGUCACUACUCCUAAUUUCAAUGGUAUCAUCUCUGUGAUGGAUCCAAGUAGAAGCUGGGCGGCUAGGUGGUUAAGAAUCGGGAAGUUUGCUCCUGGUUGCUACACUCUUGCUGUCUCAGAGCCACUUACAGAGGAAAUGCAGCACGUAUGCCAAGAAGAGCGUGUACAAUACAUUCCCCCGAAACGCAUGUGAAGCAAAUCCACCCAAGGCAGAGACCGCAAGUUUAUUACUCUUUCUUUCAUGUUAGCUUCAUGUAAACAACAUCAGGUCUCUUAGAUGAAUGUGUCUUUCACUCUUGUGUUGGUUCAAUGUUGAAAAUCUCCUAAGAAGUCGUUGCUUCUUAGCUCUUUCAUCUAUGUAAGGUCGUUUAUGUAUAACUUUGGACUUCCCUCCCGACCAAAUGCUUCUGUGAGAGAAUCGUUUUGUUAGGAAAAAGUGUUAAACAUCAGUACAAAGCCCCAACCUAAGUUUCUUGGAAUUAUGAAAGGUUAAGGAAUGAUUAAG